UUUUCUUUCUCUCGGUGGCGAACGAGAGAGAAAGAGAAUGGGGUUAGACGAGGAUGAUUUCGUAUUCCUUGGGACGCCGAUAGAGCGCGAGGACGAAAUCGCUAGCCGGAAGAAGAAAGCAGUGGCGGGGGCUUCAGGAACCCUAAAAACUCUCCCUGCUUGGAAGCAAGAGGUGACUGAUGAAGAAGGGCGGAGAAGGUUCCAUGGAGCAUUUACUGGUGGAUAUUCUGCUGGUUAUUACAAUACAGUUGGGUCAAAAGAGGGGUGGGCUCCACAGUCGUUUACGUCGUCAAGGAAGAACAGAGCUGGAGCGAGACAGCAAAGUAUUUCAGACUUUUUAGAUGAAGAUGAAAAGGCGGAGUUUGAGGGCCAGUCACUGUCUGCAAGCUCACAAUUUGACACGUUUGGAUUUACAGCAGCCGAACAUUCUCGCAAGCAAGCUGAGAAGGAACAGCAUGAAAGGCCAUCAGCGAUUCCUGGCCCAGUUCAUGACGAACUUAUUGCUCCAGCUCCGGAAUCAAUUGGGGUCAAACUUUUGUUAAAGAUGGGAUGGCGACGUGGUCAUUCAAUAAAGGAUGUGCGUGCUAGUUCAGAUGCUCGUAGAGAAGCUAGAAAAGCAUUCUUAGCCUUCUCCGCUGAUGAGAAUACUAAGGAAUCUUCGGACUCACUGGUUUUGGAGACUGAAGCGGAAACUUCUCUGGGUCCACAGUUCAGUGAAGAUAUUAAAUUUUCUGAAACCACACCUGUAUAUGUUCUCAAUCCAAAGCAGGACCUGCAUGGUUUAGGAUAUGAUCCUUUUAAGCAUGCUCCUGAGUUUAGAGAAAACAAAAGAUCUCGCUUGUCCGCCAGUAAGGAGACUGGCAACAGAAAACCUUUGUCAAUGAAGGAAAGUCUUUUCGGACCAAAAUCAGGAAAGCUUGCUCCUGGUUUUGGCAUUGGCGCACUUGAAGAGCUUGAUAUCGAGGAUGAAGAUGUCUAUACUGGAUAUGACUUUGAUCAGACUUAUGUCAUAGAAGAUGAACAGCCAGCAAGACCGAGCAAUGACAACAAUACACUUAGGUUAACCUCAAAGGAGCAUAACGUUCUGCCUGGUUUUGGAGCUGCUUCGAAUUCCGACUACAGUGUAGAAAGAUUUGCUCCUCCAAAAAUCCCAAAGGACUUUGUGGCCCGCCAUAAAUUUUCUGGUCCCCGGGAGGCUGAAACUAAGCCAACUGCGUCUGCUCCUCCAGAUGUUCCUCCCCCUGAAGAUAAGAAUCUGAAACUUCUGAUCGAUGGCUUUGCAACAUUUGUUUCCCGCUGCGGGAAACUGUACGAGGAUCUUUCUAGAGAGAAGAACGAAUCAAAUCAGCUGUUUGAUUUUCUUCGGGGAGGUAGCGGUCAUGAAUACUAUGCAAGAAGGCUGUGGGAGGAGCAACAAAAGCGCAGUGGUCAAAGUAAUCUACAAUUAGAUGUUAAAGUCCUCCCAAGCGUGCAAAAGAUGACUGCAGAAACGCGUGGUAGCUUAUUAGGGGAAAGGCCUUUACAAAAAAGUAAGAAAGAACCUGAAACUUCUUCUUCUGGAGGAUCAUUCCAAUUCCCGACCAAUCUCUCUGACACAUUCACCAAAUCAGCUUCCUCUGUAAGUAAACU